AUGACGCUGAGCAUCAGCAAAAUAAUUCUUCGAUGUCGAUUCCAACCGUUGGACCAGAGCAAUAUGAGGCAAACCUGGGGGAUCCACGCUCAAAAGCCCGACACCGAGACCAAUGACAAGCACGUACCAAAACACAAAAAGAAGCCCCUCACGCGGACCCAACCGCAACCCCAACGCAGCCCGUCUUCCAGCCCAGCUGUCAAGGGUUCAUCGGGCUCACCCGUAUAUAUACAGCUCAAGUAG